UGUAAGUCGCUUUUGAUGAUAGCAUCGGCUAAAUGCUUAAAUGUAAAUGAUAAGUGGCAGGUGAGACACAAGAGGCACAGAGAGGGAACACAGGCAGAGACACAGGAGUCAGGGCCGGCCAUAAGAUGAGGACCCUCAAAGAAAUCUCCCACAACCCGGCUGUGGGACCCAACCCAGUAUUUGGGAACCACUUCAUCACAGUGUGAACAGUUGUUUCUAAUUGAGUGUGUGUUUCAUCAUCCAAACGUCAUCUGAGGAUGUUAAGUUUGCAGCCAUGUGACUGUCACCACCUACCAAUCAGCUUUAGAGCUGAUGAUGUCACAGGAGGCAGGUCAGAGUUCAUAUAGAGUGAGUGGACAGGUAAAAGCUGCACACACACAUCUGUGAGCUGCUGCCACGUCUGCUGAAGAAGAAAAAGUUCAGCUUCAGUGUCAGUCGUCAGAUUUUCGUGGUGUUUGUCCUUCAUGACCUUCACAAACCAGUCUCACGUUAACGUCACUGCUGGACUUCAGUAUCAGAGUUUUCAGGAGAUUCUGAUUCUGAACAUUGCCAGCACAGUUCCCUGCUGUGUGUUCCUCUUCAUCAACGGGACCAUGUUGUACACGCUGCGCAGUAAAGCCGUGUUCUGCGACACGUCUCGUUACGUACUCCUCUAUAACCUCCUGUUGGGCGACACCUUGCUGCUGGUGCAGAGUCAGCUGCUCUACCUGCUCUCUACGCUCAGGGUGACGAUGACGUACGCUGCCUGCUCCGCCGCGCUCAUGGCCACCAGCCUCUUCAACGGCAUCUCUCCUCUUACGCUGGUGGUGAUGUCACUGGAGAGAUACGUGGCCGUGUGCCACCCACUGAAACACGCCACCAUCAUCACCAUCAGGAACACGGCACUGGCCAUCAUCGGAAUUUGGGCCCUCAGCUCGCUGAACAUCCUGACUCGAGUUCUUCUUCUGCUAAAGUUUGGUUUUGUAGACGUGGCCUUUCUGUACACUAAAGACUUCUGUGGCAGAGAGAACAUUUUCCUCAAUCCAGAGUCCAAUCUUUACGCCACAGGUUACAUGUGGUUCCUGUUUGUUCUGACGACCGUGGCCAUCGUUUUCUCCUACAUCGGCGUCACGAUAGCGGCCAGGACAGCGUCCUCCACGGACAAAGCCUCGGCACGCAAAGCUCGCAAAACGCUGCUGCUGCACCUGGUUCAGCUGGGCCUCGGCCUCCUGGCGACGAUACACAACCCCAUCCUCUACUCCAUCUCCACCAGUCUGGGCCGAGUCAUGAUCCUUCGAAUGCAGGUUCUUCUCUACCUGUGUGUCAUUAUUCUGCCCAGAUGCCUCAGCGCUCUCAUCUACGGCCUCAGAGAUCAAACCAUCAGACCCGUCCUGGUGCGACACCUCCGCUGUCACUGCAGACCAUAGAGCAGUGGUCAGCAACUGGUGGCUCACAGGCCAAAACUGGCCCACCAGCAUCAGUGAAUAAAAGUCCGGUUUUGCCUGAUAAUUUUUCUAAUUGCUUAGAAAAACAUUGGCCCUAGGUCAAACUGACCUCUGACCUUGACCAUAAAACUUGAUUACAGAGGGGUUGAAAUUAAAAACCAUGUCGAAGUCAAGGUCCAAGAACAUAAUUCAGAACAAAACAAAUUUAAAGAUGAAUUAAAGAAGCAAGUUAGAGGUCAAAUUUGAAAUUAAACGUGUUAAGAUAUAUGAGUGAAUGUAAUGGAUACUUUUAUGAUGAAAGGUCAUUGAUUUAACCACGGAAUAACCGCAGAAGAGGCUAAAUGUCAACAAUGGGAGACUGUUUCAAAGUCCUCUCAAAAUAACAUAAAUGUAAGACGAGCGGUAAACAAUUGGUGACCAACAUGGUGGUGCUAAGACACAGCGGCCACACAGGGCCUGAAAGUUAGUUUUUUUGUUUGUUUUUGUCACAAACAAUCAGACACUGCAAUCUGUUACAUAUUAUAUAUACUGUGUGUUACAUGUAUAUAUUCUAUACACAAUCUGUACAUUCUGCAUAUUCUGCAUAUCUCUCCCUGCAUCUACUUAUAUAUUCAUAUAUACUGUACAUAUACUGCAUAGAACAUACUUACCACUGCUGAUAAAUGUAUACAUUUAGAUUAUAGAUCUGUGUAUAGGUUUGUCUCAUCUCACUGUCUCGUUUAAGUGUUGAUGUAGCACCAAAUAAGUUCUGGGGAAAUGUUAUUUCAUCUCAAUUGUGUAUUUGUAUGUGGCUGAAAUGACAAUAAAAUCCACUUCACUUGAAA